AUGCAUUUAAGUAAUUCCGGCUUUUUGAAGUUAACCCUGCUGUUCUUGAAGGAAACCAAUCACGAAGCCUCAGAUAUUCAAGCGUGGCAGUCAGACAUGAAGUCGCUCAUUCUUCUUAUCCUCCUUACACUCUGGGUUUACUACUCUCUUGCUCACAACCUGACGUUGAAUAAAAACGGGGAAGUAAUGUGCCCAGAAAACGAGGUUUACGCGUGUUCGGAGGCAUGUCAUACUACUUGCAAAAAUCCGAUCAAUUAUUGCCGUUAUCAAUGUGCGAAGAAGAGAUGCGUUUGCAAGAUGGGAUACGCUCGAAAAGGCAACCAGUGCAAGUACGAUAAGAAAUGUAGUUACUAUCUUCGCGUUUGCCAAAAUGAUAGACACUGCAAGCCGGGCUACUUUUGCAGUUUCAUCCGACUAUGUCAACCAGAUAUCUACGAAAGAGGAAAUAGUAAGUUAUGA